UUACGCUUGGCAACACUGGUUUCAAUGCGAUUUUGACAGCUAUGACAACAUGCUAAACAACAAAAACACGUUGCUAGCCCAUGUUGUUCGUUUCGUGUGUUGUAUUUUCGCACAAUUUUAGGUAAAAUGAGCGGUAAAAAAAUACUGUUUGAUGAGUCGGACCAAGAAACAGAGGUGAACGAGUUUCGAACCAAUAAAAGUUACGCGAAGCAUUACGAUGAGUUUCGAAAGAAAGAGAUACUCGGUCAAUUGAAAAACUUAAAGGAAGAAAUCGGGUCGUCGGAUUCCAGCGAUGAUGAGACCACCGACGAAGAGAUAGUUGAUCCAGAUUUUGACAAAGAAUUCUUUCGGACUCUUGCCUUUUUGAAACGAAAAGACAAGGGCAAAUACAGCGAAGAGCAUAAAUUUUUCGAAAAUGUGAAGCCUAUUGAGGAAGUGGCCCUAACGAAGCGCCAUCAUAAAGAUAAACCAAUGACCGUGAAGGAUUACGAGCGAAAAGUAAUGCUGGAAAAGGGAGGCAAGUUUGAGGAUGAAGAUGACGAACAUGUGCAUGUGCGAUCCGAUUCCCCAACGCUAGUGGAGGAAGAAAACAAAAUUAAGGACGAAAUCAAACAAGCGUUGAACAAACUAGGAGAUGAUGAAAGCGAUGAGGAGGAACUACAACAAGGGAAGGGUGGAGGUUUGCUAAAGCAAAGGACGAAAAGCGCCGCCGAAACCGAAAAAGAACAAUCGGACUACAUUCAAUGGUUGGCAGAUAAAAAAGCGAAGGAACCACCGAGUGAGGAAGUAAAGGUACUGGAACCAUUGAAACACUUUUGGACCAGUGAAAAGCUGUCGAAGGAGGACGCUUUUCUUAAGGAUUACAUUCUCAACAAACGGUUUGUUCUGAAUACUGGGGAAUUGCCAACAUACGAUGACAUAGUGGCUACAUCGGAAGACGAAGAGGAGCUGGAAAAGCAGGAAGAUUACGAGCGAAAGUAUAAUUUCCGUUUUGAAGAACCUGAUUCCGAUUUUAUCAAGCAGUUUCCUCGUGUGGUGGAGGAUUCUAUGCGCGUGGAGCGUAACAAGCGCAAGGAAAACCGGCAAGCAGUGAAGGAACGAAAACAAAAAGAAAAAGAGCAACAGAAGCGCGAACUCGAAGAACUCAAGGCGUUGAAGUUAAAAGAAAUUCGCGAAAAAAUUGAACGCUUGAAGGAGAUUGCGGCGACGGAAAAUUUGGCCAUGAACGAAGAAGAUUUGGAAUCGGAGUUUGACCCUGACGAGCAUGAUCGGCGCAUGAAGGAUAUGUUUAACGACGAGUACUACGGGAUUGAUGAAGGAGAUCAAAAGCCCGAAUUUCCCGACCUAGAUGAAGAGCUCGGUGUUGAAAAUUAUGACGUUGAACGUUUGGAUGAUGAUGAUGAAGAAGAUGACGCUGGCCCGCACUGUGAGGAUGAUGAUUUUGUGAUGGAUUGCGACUACGAGGAAAAGUUGAAAUCCGGCAAAAGUGCAAAACAAUCGUUUCAGGAUGAACUGAUGGAAUCCACAGGGAAGGGAAAGAAAAAAGGCCGCCGUCAGUCAAAGUUCCGCGAGGUGUUAAAGGCAGAAAAACCGCUGUUCGAUCCGGAAGAUGAGAAAACCUACGGUGAGUACAUCGAUGAGUACUACAAACUAGACUACGAAGAUAUGAUCGGCGAUGUACCGUGCCGCUUUCGGUACGUCGAAACGGUUCCCAAUGAUUUCGGUUUGACAAUAGAGGAAAUACUAACGGCAAACACGAGAGAUCUCAACAAGUGGGCGAGCGUAAAGAAGGCUGUCCAAUUCCGGCCGAAGCACGUGGAAAUGAACGAAAUAGAGAUAUACCGCCGCAAAGCUUCAAAUGACAGGAUAAAGCGAAAAAUUUUGCCUAGCCUUUUUGUCGAAGACGAAGAAGUGCAAAUGGAUGAAGAAAUUCAGGACCGUAAGGCAAAGGUUGCUCCUGGUGCGCCAAAUAUGGAGGAAAACGGAAAUGGAGUAAUACUCAAGAAAGAGAAAAUCGUCAAGAUAAAAGCGGAUCAGGAUAAUGAUGGAUCGAUCAGUAACGGCAAAGCUAGGAAAAAACAUAACGAUAAUGAUUCAAAAGGUGCUCCGUUGAAGAAAAAGAAAAUUAAAGAAGGAAAAAUAUCCUAUAAUGAAGGUGACCAGAAGUGCACGGAUAAUACAGAAUCAGCAUCUAAUGAAAUAGAUACAGUAACACGCAUUAAAACUGAACCAAAAGUAGAGAAUAGUGCUGUUUCCAAGAAAAAGAAGAACAAGCAGAAGCACAUGCAAGAAGCAAGUACUAGUAGCAGCUGGAAAGAGAUGAAAACUAAAACAAAUUCAGACAAAUUGCUAGAAAACUCAAACAAUCGCACGAAAACGCAGAAUAAUCAUAAGCAAAAGCGGAAAUGGGAACCGACCACAGAAGAAAUCCAUAAGUCCAAACAGAACGGACAAGGACAUGGAUCGAAGAAAAGACGUUUUGAGCAAAUUGGUUCUAGUAGUAACCAAAAUGGCCGAGCAAAUAGUGCUGGAGGUUCCAAGAAAGUGGAUAACGCUGCUGAUCAGCGAUUGCGAGCGUUUGGAAUAAAUCCUAACAAGUUCCACAAUAAGCAAGUUUUUAGCAAGCAAACGCAUAAUGGCGGCAAAUCAACCUAUGCCUUUUCAGGUGCGACACCGGUGAAUAAACAUGUAAAGUUUGAAUAA